GCAUACGGUCACAUUUUAUAUGACAUCAGUUUGCUUAUUGCAAAAAGAAAACGAUUUUGGCAAGGCUAAAAAAAUAACUAUUUCGUCGCUCAAGGAUCCCGGACAACGCCGUCGACGUGCCCACAGUAAUGGCCGAUCCCAAGUUCCAGAACCUGCCGGGAAUAGCUUAUGACCAGCCGGACGUGUUCGAGACUCCCGAUGACCCGGAACCGGACACAUCCGACUACUACGAGGAGGAGCCGGAGAAUGAGGCAAUUGAGCGACUGCACAUCUCGCCCAGCGUCGCUCACAAGCGAUUCAGCGGCGCAACUCUCGAGGGGAGUGUGGACUUCACCGAUCGCAUUGGGCGCCGGGUGUGCCGUGGGUAUGAUGCCCGCGGAUCCGAGGACUACGAGCUGGUCGGCCAGGGCGAGAAGGAGACACCUGUGCAGAAGUGCCAGCGCCUGCAGAUCGAGAUGAACGAACUGCUGAACGAGGUGGCCGCGCUGCAAGUGGACCGCAAGAUUGCCGACGAGGAGAAGAAGUCGUACGACGCGGUGGCCACGGUCAUCAGCACGGCCCGGAAGGUAUUGGAGUCGCUGAAGCUGGAACAGGUGCUGGGCAAGGAGCAGGCGCCCGGCAGCAAGCAGGUGAAGGCGCUCAUCAGCCAGGUGGAGGAGUUCAAGCAGUCGGGCGUUCUCACGGCCAUACCCACGCCCGGCACCGAUCUGGCGGCCACCGCACGAGUGGCCAGCCUGGAGCAGCGCCUCUCGCAGCUGGAGAAGGUGGUGGGCGCCCAGCCGGACAAGCUGAGUCGCCUGACCGCCGCCACCAACACCACCAAUGUGCUGGAGGCCGUGCGUCAUCUCAGCACCAAGGCGGCCCUGCUGCAGCCGGACAAACUGGACACCAUCGAGCAGCGCCUUACCUCGCUGGCCGGCAAGAUGGACGCCAUCGCCGAAAAGUCCAGUGGCAGUGCCCAGGACGCAAAGCGAGACCAGAAGAUCACGGAACUCUACGACAUUGCCAAGCGCACGGAGCCCGUUGUGGAAAUACUGCCGCACGUAAUCGAACGUAUGCAAGCCCUCGAGUCGCUCCAUAAAUAUGCAAACAAUUUCGCCAAGAUCAUCGCUGAGAUUGAACAGAAGCAGGGCACCAUUACCACCAGCCUGGUGAACAACAAGGAACUGCUGCACUCCGUACAGGAGACUUUUGCCCAGAAUCUUGAGACCAUCAACGCAAAGGUGGCCAAAGUGGAGCAGCGCGUCACGGCCAUAUCCUCGGCUAAAUGAGUGAAUGCACAACAUGCGUAUUAUAUAUAGCUAAUAUUUAUGAAAAAUAUAAUAAAGCGAUCUACAUUCGAGUCUUUUUUAAAAAGUAAA